CCUUCAGUGUUCAUCCAGACGUCGAGGGGGAGUGUUGUGCCGGUCCGUUAGUGUUCCUAGCUCCUUGCAUCAAAAACACGUGUAACACAAGAAUUAAUGGAGUGUUGAGUGUUGCGUGAGUGUCUAUAGGAGUCUUCCAGCGAGUGUUGUGUUGGUGUUACCCUGCGACGCCCGUUAGAAGAAGGUGACGAAGAAAAACAAAUAGACUUGAAGGACGAAGGCUAUGGUACUAUGAGGCAGCACCACCACCCUCACCACCUCCUGCACCACCACUACGUCCUAUUGGCACUCACAACCGCAAAUAAGACAACACCAAAACAAUGACCACCCCCAAGCAACCCCGGGCGAGACCAACACCAAGAAUAAAUAAGCUACCCCAGAAAGUAACAGUGCGGGAGAGUUUUCUAUAACCAAAACCGGGACUAGAGAAAACGUCAUUACAUGGGAAGCUCCUUUAUACUCCUCUAGUGCCGCGUGAAUCUCUGUUUACACUUGCCGACUCUCACAUAACUUUUUCUAAGUGCUGUGAAAAGGAGAUCACGCGGGGUUCUAAUGACUUGUUUUUAGGUUCACGGUAUAGAAGAGGAGUCAAACUACCACUAGAGUCCUAAAACUACCCGUGAAAAUGCCUGAAACUCCUAUAAAAGCCUUGCCAAAUAUGUGAACUAGUCUGGGUUUCGGAGUGGUACGUUGAAAAACACGAGUAGUUUCCCCCGCGUGAAGAAGAGAAACUCCGCCAAGAUGCUUCAGCAGAUCCUCAACGACAUGUACAUCGAGCCGGAGUUGCUGGCGGAGCUGGAUGAGGAGCAGAAGCAGAUCCUGUUCUGUAAGAUGAGGGAAGAGCAAGUCCGGCGCUGGCGUGAGAGCGAGGAGAGGCUACAGCGGGAAGAGGACAAGCUCAACGACAGGAAGAAGAAGGAUGGUGGGAAGAAGGUGACGUUCCUGGUGGGCGUGGACGGGGAGCCGAUGGUGGUGGUGCUGGGGGGGGAGGGCGGGGCGCAGCGCGAGGACGUGGACUCCAUCCUCGAGGAGCGGGCCAAGCAGCAGGCGGACCUCGAAGCCGACAUGCUCAAGCGCGCGGCCGAGGAGGAGCUGGACAAGUUGGUGAGGUUGAGUCGCUCCACGGUGGAAGCCAUGGAGGAGGAGGCCACAAGGACCUCCACUAGCAAGGUUCGGGACCCAGCGAGGGAGGCUGUGGUGAGGUCGCUGCAGGAGGCCACAGUGGAGAUGGAGGGGCAAAUACAGGCUUUAGAGGAGGCCGAGGCAUACCAACGCAAGCUCUCCAACUCCUCCUCCUCCUCCUCCAGUGGUGCCUCAUCUCCCUCAUCCCCCUCCCCAUCCUCCUCCUCCUCCACAUCGUCAUCUUCUUCAGGGAUUGGGAGCAUUGGAACCCCUCGCCAGGCCCUAUCCUCCUCGCCCUCCACAUCGUCACUCUCGUCUCUCUCCUCCUUCACCUCGUCACAGCCUCCCUCGCCUCCAGCCUUCACCAUAUCAACGUACGGCUCCCCCCCUCACUCCACCGCAAGAAGACCAGGUGGAGGAAGUGGAGCCUCAAUGUGGGAGGCAGUUAAUAAAGCCUCGCAUCCACCCUCCUCCACCUCCUCCACUUCGUCUGUGUUGUCCCCGGCAAAUUUUAGCAGUGUCGUCAAGCCACCGAUUCUGACCCCCAAACCUACAGCGGUCUCCCCUCCACAGCCCCUCCGAGCCUCCCAGCCGUCUGUCUCUCCCCCGUCUUCCCUCUCCUCCACUACCUCCACUUUCUCCUCCUCUUCCUCUACCUCCUCAUCCUCUGCACUCCCUACAUCAUCAGUGGUAGAAACGUCACUUGCCUCUCCGUCAGCAUCCUCUGUGGUUGGCGUGGCUGCCCAGAUCCGCCGAUUCGAGCAACUCUCCGAGGGGUCGCUGGAGGCACUGAAGACCGCCACCCUGGAACGCGCCAAGAAGCGAAGGGAGCGUGAGAUCUUCGAGCACCUCAGAAGCCAGGUGGAAGCAGCCCGGCAGCAGGCAGCGUCAGUAGACCUCGAGGCCGCCAGCAGACAGCAGCAGGCGGCGGAGAAGGACGACAUAGCGUGGCAGGAACAAGAGCGCAAGGCUAAGGAGGCCGAGCGUAGGAUAAGAGAAAUCGCUCGUCGGGCACGCGAGGAGCACCGCCGCGCCACGCAGAACACACCGCCCUCCUCCCCUCCUGCCUCCGCCCUCAACUACAACCUCAACGGCCUCACGCGCUUCACCAACGGCAUCAACAGAGCCACCCACGCCCCCUCCACACCUCCUGGCGGCGAUAUCAAUGGGAAUGUCAACAGUGUGGCCGAUGACAUCAGCAACAACAAUGACAGCAUGAGUCUGAAGAAGUACAGCAGCAGCAGCAGUCGCAGCAGCCUGGGCAGCCCGGGGAUCGACGGCUUAUGUUUCCGGCAGAGGUUGAGGCCGCCCAAGCCGCCAUCCCGCGCCGCCAUCAUCACGUGGUUCAGGGACGAGGAACUGUUGCGGGGUGCUGGCCUUGACCCGUCCUGCUCUCACAUUGCCCCGUGGUUCCAUGGAAUCAUCAGCCGGACAGAGGCAGAGGAAGUGUUGUCGGAGGUGGGGAUCGGCUGUUUCUUGGUACGGGUGAGCGAGCGCAUCUGGGGGUAUGCCAUCUCCUACCGCGCCCCCGACCGAUGCCGCCACUACCUCAUCGACGUCACGGGCGGCAAGUACACCUUCUUUGGCUCCCAUCAGGCGUCACAUGACUCGCUGGGUGACCUCAUUGAGCACCACAAGAGGGAGGCGAUCACAAUCAGCGGGGGAGAGCUGCUCACCCGCCCCUGUGGCCAGAUGCACCCCAGGAACCCAGACUACAGAGAGCUCUUCCUCGGCACACCCUACCUGCCAGCCUAGCCCGUCCCUGCCCUGUCCUGUCUGCCUCGCCCAGGGAUGCCACGUUAUCGUACUCAGAGCCUCGUAUUUACCGGUUUCUGACGCCUAACUAUUGCCAAGAAGCACCAAUUAUUAACCAUUUUUACAAUAACUAUAUAAGAAGGCAGUUAUUGGGGUUGAGGAGACAGUUUUGGGGGUCGUAAGUUGGUAAAUACGAGGCUGAGUACGACAAUCUGGCAACGUUGGCCUCGCCCCACUCCAGAGGAAUAACAAGAGUAGCCAUAUUCCAUAGGUACAGAUUAAUAUUACCCGUGUUGAGAGUAUAUAUAUAUAGAGUAACUCAUUCACCUUCCUUUACGUGUGUUCUAGGAUCUUACUCGUCAUCAUCAUUAGUCAUUCUCGUCACUAUCACCUCCAUUGUCACUGUUGCCAUCAUCGUCAUCUGUAUAUUAAGCAGUUUCAAGAUCCAGGCUCGAGAGAGAAAUGGAUAUGUUGUGCAGAGCUGAUGUGAUUCUCCUGCCGAGUUAAAAUGGACUGUCCACAACGAACACUUCUAUUAACCCCUUGGCUGCGGAUUUCCUAGCAGAAAACCUCACCAAGCAACAGAAAUGGAACAAAAAGUGGCUGCUACAAUUCAAUGAAGAAAAAUGUAAAGUCAUGCAUCUUGGGCGGGGAUAUCCAGCACACCAAUACCACAUGGGAAACACUCCAUUAUCCACUGCAGAGGAAGAGAAAGACCUGGGACUAUAUGUUACCAGGCUACCAGUGAAGGCCAAAUCCGUGCCAAUCGCAGUGGACGGGUUAAAGCUCAUCCUGCAGUCAUUUAUAUCUUUGCCAUGGUCUUUGUUGGUCCAUUGAAAGAAUAUAUGUAGAGUAACUCAUAUCCUUUCCUUUUUAUGUGUCUCCAAUGCAAGGCUCUCGGCAUCUCGAGUGAAAGAAAACAAAAACAACCGAUAUUCUCAACUCCUUUAUUCUUUCCAUCAUUUUUAACCCGGUAGCUGUGGGGUCAUAUUUCUUAAAGGCCCCUCUAAGCGAAUUAAUGAGAAAAAAUCAUCACUCACACAAACCAUUUCAUAAUAUAUAUCAAUGCAUUUGUGAUCAGUUUAUGCAUCAUCUAUUUUGGGGGGUUUAUAUCAUGGCAAAAAGUUGGCCCAUCGCUGGUACACGGUAAAGCCACAAAUUUGGCCCGUCGCUGGUACACUGUAAAGCCACAAAUUUGGCCCAUUACUGGUACACGGUAAAGCCACAAAUUUGGCCCAUUGCUGGUACACGGUAAAGCCACAAAUUUGGCCCAUUACUGGUACACGGUAAAGCCACAAAUUUGGCCCAUUGC